AUGUGGCGUAUAUUUUCUUUCCCUCUUUCUCAUAUCUAUCCUGCUGUUUUGGCCUUACAACUUCAUCUCCCGAACAAGCAGAUGGUUAGAUUUAGAGAAGAUGAUUCUAUGUUAGCAAUAGUUGAUAGGGAAAGAGAUAAAAGAACCAUGCUGACUGCAUUUUUUGAGUAUAACCAUGGGAAUGAACCAGCAAGGCAAUAUUUGUAUAAGGAUUUCCCGAGAUACUUCACAUGGAAUGCAUCCUCACGUCGUUGGUGUCCUCGUGGUACUAGGCCACAAAGAGGUCGUAUUGUUAGUGCCAAUCCUGCCGAAGGGGAAAGGUACUACUUACGCCUACUGUUGUGUAAUGUCAGAGGACCUACUUCUUUUGAAGAUCUUUGCACGGUUAGUGGUAUUAAGUACACGUCAUUUCGAAAAGCAGCUCUUGAGGUAGGCUUGAUAGAGAAUGAUAAUAGUCUAUCGCAAUGUCUCACAGAAGCGUCUCUAUUUCAAUUUCCCAAUGCUCUUAGAAGGUUAUUCGCAACAAUAAUGAUUUUCUGCGAACCUGGUGAUAUUCGUAAGCUAUGGAAUGAUCACUUUGAUGCACUAUCUGAAGAUCACAGGUUACAAUGUGAAAGUGUGGAACGCGUUCAAAAUAUGGUUCUUACUGACAUCAGGGACAUCCUACAAUCUAUGGGUAAAAGUAUUGAUGAUUUCGAUCUUCCGAAAAUAACAGAGCACGACUUACAAUAUCCAGUUCAUCAUGAGGUGCAAGAGGAGUACGGGAUAGUUGUGGAACCUGAACACUUAUCUGCCAUAGAUGAACUUAAUUCAGACCAGAGAAGAGUGUUUGAUGAAAUCAUGUCACAUGUGGAUAAUAAUAGUCCAGGUGUGUUCUUUAUAGAUGGUCCGGGUGGAACGGGAAAAACAUUUCUGUACAAAGCUUUGCUUGCUCAAGUACGUUCACGUGGUCUUAUUGCUCUUGCGACAGCUUCAUCAGGUGCCGCCGCUAAUAAUAUGCCAGGUGGGAGAACGGCUCACUCAAGAUUCAAGAUUCCCAUUUGUGUUGAUAACAAUUCGAUGUGCAACAUAAAAAACAAAGUGGGGCGGCUGAACUAA